AUGAAUCUUCACUCAAUUCAGACUAAAAGUAAUCAGAAACUAGAUUAAGUGAUUGCACAAAAUUCUAAACAGCUUACUAAUGAAGGUCUUGAUGCAAAAAUUAGUAAAUUGAAUUAGAAGCUUGAUGAAGCAUUGGAGAAUAGCAAAGAAUCAACUUAGAAGCUUAUUCUAGCUUAGGAGAAUAGCAAGACUAAACUUGAUAAAUAAUCUAAAGGAGUUCAUAAUCUUGAUGCUAAGGUCAAAGGACUUGACAAUAAAGUAGAUGGGCUUGAUACUAAAGUAGGUGGAGUUUAUACCAUAGUUGAUGGACUUGGUAAACAUGUCGAAGGACUUGAUGGCAAAGUAGAUGGACUUGAUGUACAAGUUAAAGGACUCGAUGCAUAAGUUAAAGGACUUGAUACUAAAGUCAUCAGAAUUCAAGAUGACAUGGAAUUUAUUAAGAGUUCCCUUACUUAAAUACUUCAAAAAUAUAAUGAGUGA